AAAGAAAAAAAGAAAGCAAACACUGGCCAUAACCGCAGCAUCGGCGGCCGCGGAGGGCGACGCAGUUCAGGUUCAGGUACAUCGAGCAGAGGCCGAGAAAUGGGCGCGCUCUGCAUAGUCUUCCCGUCCACGGCGCCGUCCUGCCCAAGCGGCGCCGGCGCGGCCCGCUCGAGAGUGCCCGUGCUCGCGGCCACGCCUUCCCCGUUCUCCCCCUCGUCUGCUGCCGCCGCCGCCGCUACCCGGCUGCAGCUCGGCAGCAGGAGUCGGGGGCGGGCCGGCGUGGCGCAGGUCGGCGGCCGGGGGGAGGGCGAGGGGGCCAAGGACGGCGGAGCGGCGGCGUUUUUUGGAGAGGACGGUGUGGUGGAGGACAUGGACGGGUACCUUGACUACCUGUCGCUCGAGUACGACUCCGUCUGGGACACCAAGCCUGCCUGGUGCCAACCCUGGACAAUAUUGCUCACAGGAACUACUGUGGUUGCGUGCUCCAAUCGGUUAUAAUUACUGCAGGAGUUUCUUUUAUAAUAUGUGCAUGGUGGUACAUAUUUCUCUACUCCUACCCUAAGGCCUACACCGAGAUGAUAGCAGAGAGAAGAAAAAAGGUAGCCAGUGGAGCUGAAGAUACCUACGGGAUGGAGAAAAUCCAGUGAGGAUCAUCAGCAGUGCUUCCGUAGAAUGCAGAGCUUUCUUGUUUCGAGCAUUGCUUGUUGAGAAUGGUAGUUAGAAUCAUUGUGCAGCUCAGGCUACACCAGUUGUCUUCAGAUCUGAAAUUGCAACAGCAUCAUGGAAUCAUGCUGCCUUGUUUGUUCAAAUCUUCAGCUUCCCCUUCGCGUUUCCUUAGAAGAUUCUGUUCGUGUUCUUAGUUUUGCCCCAGCCCAGCCCAGUCCAGCCCAGCUGACCGUAUAGGCAGCCCAAUUAUCGCGGCUGAUAAAGCUCUCCAACGGCGAAAGCUUUUCGAACUUUUCGAAUCAUGGGAGCAUGAGAGCGGCGGCCCGCGUGAGGCGACCGCGGCCGCAAGGGCCGCUGCCGGAGCCGGCGAGGCCAUCGAUUUCACCGGCGGCGAGGGCCAAGACGGAGGAGACACCCGCUCCCCUAACCCUUCCUGUGAAGGCGUUCAAGUUCCGCCUGGCCAAUGGCCCACCGCUGGCGCCCACGGCAAAGGCCUUCAAGUCCUACGCCGAGACCUGCGCCUCCCUGUUCCGCCUCUGCCGUCGUACCGCCGCCGCCGCCGCCACCAGCAACCUACCUUCUUCCUCAGUCUCCUCCGCCCUGCGGCUCGUCCUCUCGUUGCACGCGCACGCCCUGCGCUCCGGCCUCGGCGCCGACUGCUCCGUCGCGUCCAACCUCCUCACUGGCUACGCCGCAUUCGCCCGCGCCGCGGAUCGCGACCGGGUCUUCGAUGACUGCGUCGCCUCUGGUUCGGCCUCCUCCUUCGUGUACGAUUUCAUGGUGUCGGAGCACGUAAAGACCGGGGACAUUGCCUCCGCUCGCAGGCUGUUCGACGGAAUGCCCGAGCAGAGCGUCGUGUCGUACACAACCAUGGUGGACGCGCUCAUGAAGCGUGGGUCUGUGAGGGAUGCUGUUGAGCUGUAUGAGCGGUGCCCACUUCACUCAGUUGCCUUCUUCACCGCUAUGAUUUCUGGGUUUGUACGCAAUGACCUCUACAAAGAUGCACUCCCUGUGUUUCACAAGAUGCUAAGCUGCAGUGUGAGACCUAAUGUGGUUACACUGAUUUGUGUGAUCAAGGCUUGUGUGGGUGCAGGUGAAUUUGAUCUGGCCAUGGGUGUGGUGGGAUUGGCAAUCAAAUGGAACUUGUUUGAGAAGAGUAUUGAGGUACACAAUUCUUUGAUCACUCUGUAUCUAAGAAUGGGAGAUGCAGCUGCAGCACACAGGGUUUUUGAUGAGAUGCAGGUGAGGGAUGUUGUCUCAUGGACUGCAUUACUUGAUGUGUACGCUGAGUUGGGUGACCUCGAGGGAGCUCGACGGGUUCUUGAUGCAAUGUCUGAUAGAAAUGAGGUCUCGUGGGGUACUUUGAUUGCAAGGCAUGAGCAGAAAGGUGAUGCUGCAGAAGCAGUAAGGCUUUACAGUCAAAUGCUUGCUGACAGUUGUAGGCCAAACAUUUCAUGCUUCUCUAGUGUGCUUAGUGCUUGUGCUACCCUUCAAGACUUAAGAGGAGGAACUAAGAUCCAUGCCAAUGCCCUGAAGAUGGGUUCUACCAGCAAUUUGUUUGUAUCCAGCUCUUUGAUUGACAUGUACUGCAAAUGCAAGCAGUGCACAGAUGCUCAAAGGAUAUUUCAUUCCCUCCCACAAAAGAACAUAGUAUGCUGGAACUCUCUUAUCUCAGGUUAUAGUUGGAACGGCAAAAUGGUGGAGGCAGAUGAGCUCUUCAACAAGAUGCCUGCAAGGAACGCAGCUUCAUGGAACACAAUGAUUUCUGGUUACGCAGAAAAUCGACGAUUUGUUGAUGCACUAAAAUAUUUCAGUGCAAUGUUGGCUUCAGGGCAGAUUCCGGGAGAAAUUACCAUGUCAAGUGUUCUUCUUGCAUGCGCAAACUUGUGCUCUUUAGAGAUGGGCAAGAUGGUUCAUGCUAAGAUUGUCAAGCUUGGAAUCGAACAUAACAUCUUUAUGGGGACUGCACUCUGUGACAUGUAUGCCAAGUCAGGGGAUUUGGACAGCUCCAAGAGGAUAUUUUAUCAAAUGCCUGAAAAAAAUAGUAUCACUUGGACUGCCAUGGUUCAGGGACUUGCAGAAAAUGGCUUUGCAGAAGAGUCUAUUUUGUUGUUCGAGAAUAUGAUGGCAAAUGGAAUAUCACCGAAUGAGCAUACAUUUUUAGCUAUUUUAUUUGCUUGUUCCCACAGUGGUUUGGUGGAACAAGCCAUACAUUAUUUUGAAACAAUGCAAGCACAUGGCAUCCCACCUAAACAGAAGCACUACACCUGCAUGGUUGAUGUCCUAGCUCGAGCUGGUCGUUUGACAGAAGCCGAAGAGCUUCUCAUGAAGGUUCCAAGUAACUUUGAAGCAAGCGCAUGGUCAGCUCUUCUGAGUGCUUGCAACACUUACAGCAACAAGGAGAUAGGUGAGAGGGCAGCAAUGAAACUUCAUGAGUUGGAGAAGGAUAAUACAGCGGGCUAUGUGCUACUCUCGAACAUGUAUGCAUCUUGUGGUAAAUGGAAAGAUGCUGCUGAGAUGAGAAUACUGAUGAAAGGAGCUAGCCUUAAGAAAGAUGGUGGGUGCAGCUGGUUACAAUUGAACGGACAAUAUCAUGCCUUCUUUUCUUGGGAAGCAAAGCAUCCAUUGUCAUUGGAAAUUUAUGAAAUCUUGGAUCUAGUGAUGUGGGAAUCGACUAUUUGAAUUUAUUUUGGUGGUUUGUUACCAAUAUGAACAAUUAUGAGAAAAUGAUGAUUCCAGUGUUUUCUCCAGUUUCAUGAAGGCAAAGUAUUUUUUUCUCGAACACGCAGGAGAACUGCGUAUCAUUGUAUUGAUAGAAGAAGAAAAGAGUCAUACAUAGACCCACACACACAUCACACACCCCCUUGACAGUCCUAGUAUAUUAUUACCUGUUACAAACUGCCCCUUACGUCCAACUAAAGCACCAGGUAACUACCCUCUCCCAUAGCAGAAAGUCAUGAAGGCAAAGUAGCAGCACAGAGUUGUUUAUGAAUUAUUGGAAGGGAAAUAAGUCUGACUUCCCAAAUGAUGGUUACCUUGAGUUUUGAACUUUUGAUGCAAUGAGUUACACAAGUAAUCAAGGAUAUCUGCUUCUUAACAAUCAUCAGCAACUUCUGGGUAGAUCUUGGUUCAUGAAUGAUGUUCUAGGAAUUAGGAAACCUGAAGCAUUUGAUAAUGCAUUAUGCUUUACAUGAUUUGAUGUAAAACCAGCUUCAGAAAAACAACAGAGUAAUGCAAUACCCUUUUCCAAGAAAGUGUAUAAAGUACUGGACCUUUGCUGGGCACUUCUGCUACACACCCAUGUGAAGGUUGCAGUGGUGAUUCUCCAGAGGAUGUAAAUAUACUGCAGGAUGCAUUUAGUGAAUAUUCUAAGAAUAGCUUCCUGCAAUGAGCUGGCUUAACUGGCAUAUGAAGCUGGUUUGGUGCUAUGAAUCACUUUUGAUGUGGAUAAAAAACCUAUGAAUGUUUCCAGCCUUUCAGUUGGACAAGAAGGAAUUUCCAAUAAAGUUUGUGCAGGUAUUCGCUCUUUUGAAGCAUCAUGUACCACGAAAUUCAGGUGCGCUUUGUCAUUACUAUGCUGAUUGUGCAUUUUGUUGUCUCAUGAAUCAACGAGUGAUAAAGUGAAUGCUUUUAUGCAAGUACUGUUAUCUGCUUUUAUUUAGUGUAUUGUUUUGAUUAUUGGUAUAGUUGAGCGUGUAAAAGAUGGUUCAUACAUUGUUGUUUGAUUUAAUGCAUCCAGUUUGAAUGCACUUGUGAAGUUGAGGGCGUGGAAACAAUCAAAACCAACUGCUUAAGGAAACCAACUGUCCAACUGUCGUUAUCUAAUAUGCAUACAAUUGUGACUUGUGGUGCACCAUAGCCACCGAGACGGAAGUCAAACUUAAUUUCAUAGGCUAAUGUUCACUCAUCUUCUUCUUCUUGAAGACUACUAAACCAGUAAGUCUUGAUGCUUCUGAUACACUCAGCUAUGUGCUCUUUGCCCACAUGCCCACAUGGGAUCAUCUCUGGGACCGCGCAGAUUCUCCGAUUUCUGAAUGGCAAUCAUUAGUUACUAAAAACUCAGAUGCACAUGUGUUUCAGCAGUCUAUCAGUCAUGUUAACCUGGUCGGUGGCAGGUGAUCCAUCUGGUGUGUACGCGCGGGCGCGGCGCGGCUUGACUCUUUGGCGCGACCCGUCGGGGUGGAGUCUGGACACCUCAUCGGCUCGGUGGUUCACGUCGGCGGGCCCGCUCUUUCUUCCGAACCUUCGCGACUCUGCCCAUCCGACGCGCAAUCAGCGUCGGGCAAGGCCAAAGCCCCAGCACUGAAUCGCAAAACGCGUCGCCUUCAGGAGUCAGGUGCGUCUGUUGGCUGCUUCCUUCCCCCUUCUCUCUCCACUCAGCCACUGGCGCUCAUACCACGCCGAUCCACCUUUACCAAUCUCUCUCUUGUUUCUUGUUCUGUUCUAGAGAGUGUUGUUCUCGCCUUGCCGGUGGUCUGGUCGUAGUCGGCGGCGGCGAUGGAGCCCCUGGAGGUGGCGAUAACGAUCAUCUUCGACGCCCUGCUGCUGGUGUUCAUGGUGAAGCUAUUCUUCGCCAUGUUCCAGAUGAAGCUCGUCGUCAUCCUCUUCUACCUCGUCGUCCUCCUCUUCGCCAUGGCCUUCUCUGGCCGGGCACCCAGUAGCUUCUAGUAGCUCGUAGCAGGGGGAUAGCAGGUGGCAAACUCUUUCUUUCCCCUCUUCUGUUCUUCUCUUUUGGAAAAGAUUGGUAGAGUUGUGCAGAGUUACGUCUUUUGGGAAACUCAAUCAUCUCGAUUUUUGGUUAAAGACUUGGUUUUCUCCUAGAAAGUAUGCAUGAUCCGAGGUGCAAAUUGCGUAAGCUUGAAGAAACCCUAAUUGUUGUCGAUCAAGAGCUGCUACAGUAUCAUACUUCUGGUUCGAUGCAUAUUCAUGAUGUACCCUUCGCCUGGGUGCUUGUUGAUGUGGUUUCCUGGAUCACAAACAGAGCAGUGGUGCAGAUGAAAAGCGGA